AGGCUUUCUGGACUGAGAACCUCGCUAAAACCCGGAAAAGCGGAUUCUCAGCAGCGCUGGCGCCAACCACAGCGCUGCGCAUGCUCUGUCUCCAAGGUUCGAGCGCAGGUUGGCCGGACCGGCUGCGGCGGCUGCGUGUGGCUCGGCCUAUGGGGCUAGCUGGUGGCGGCGGCCUAGGGAGACUCAGCGGCUGGUGGGCAGAAAGAAGCAUCUUAAUGAGUCUGAGCUUGAUAUUGAAAGAAGAGAUGAAAAACACCAGCUGGAUUAGAAAGAACUGGCUUCUUGUAGCUGGGGUGUCUUUCGUAGGUGUCCAUCUUGGAACAUACUUUAUACAGAAGGCUGCAAAACAAUCUAUAAAAUCUCAACCUAGAGGCAAACAAGAGUACUGAAGAAUGAAAUAAAAAUAAAUAUUUGGAAUUACUAA